GGGAGGGUGACCCUGUUCAACUCUCUCCCGGAGUCCCAAGGUUUGCCGAUAUUACCUACCAGUCCUUCAGGCCAUGACCAUGGUCAUGAUGCACAGAUCUUAUCUGGGCACCUUUCAAUUAUUGAUUAGACUAUACUUUAGAUACGAGGCAAUGAUGAUGGUCUGGGGUUCUCUAUCAUUCUUGGGAUCGCAUUGGCGUCCCGCGUUCCGUUUCUUUUUCCUUUUGUUUUAUUUUAUAUUUUUUGUUUUCCCUUCUAACGUCCGGAACUGGAUUUAUGCACCGUCCCGGAAAUUAGUUGAUCAGUCAACAACGCACAUCUGUCACAAAAUCUUAACGCCUUUUUUUGGUUGCUUUUCCCUUUUUUCCUUUUUCCUCCCUCUUCCCCUCUUCUGGGCUCCUAACCACACCUGGAUAGCUUCGGUUAUACUCCGUAUUUGACUUUUUCUAGCGGUUUGAUCAUAUUUUGAAAGGGCCCCUAAGCAACUCUAAAGUUUCAUCUUGACUUCUUCCGCGGGCGUGGUGGACCUGGCUAAC